AAUUCACUCGAAAAAUGACUCUCUCUCUCUCUACCAUUCUAUUCCAUUCCUAGGAUGCCAUGGGGGGGCCCAUAGUAACAUGGUUGGAAAGUCUAUUGGAAUAACCCAAAUUUUUUAUAAACUUGCAAUAGGAAUAGAGACAACUUUCUUUCCAAUUCUAACGCCCCUCUUCUGUUUUUUCUGAACGCAAUCUGCGUGUGCGUGCGUCCAUUUACGAGAUCUGCAAGAUUUCUCGAGUUCACGCAAUCCCUUUCCCACGCCUAUAUUGUAUUUGUAUCAAUCCCACACCAUAUUAAUGCAGUUUUGCAGCUACUCUAAACCCGCCGCCGAUGAACGGAGCCAACCUCCGUUCCCUUCAUAAAUCGGCAUCCAUUACAAAAGGAGAUAAUAAAGUUAAGAAACACACAGGUUUUGCAGAUAUGAAGAAGAAAUCAUCAGAUUCUGUUAAUGGGUUGUUUGGGAAUGCGUAUUUCAUGAAGUGGACGGCGGAGGAUUUGUUGGGUGUAGUGAGGCACCACCCUAUACCGUGUGUCUUUGCCGCCGCAUUGCUUUUCUUCAUGGGAGUAGAAUACACUCUAUACAUGGUGCCUUCGACGGCGCCGCCGUUUGAUCUGGGGUUCGUCGCCACCGUAUCCCUCCACCGGCUGCUUGAAUCUAGGCCAGCUCUCAAUACUAUUCUCGCUGGCCUCAAUACGGUUUUUGUGGGAAUGCAAACUGCGUAUAUAAUUUGGACGUGGCUAAUCGAGGGUCGGCCGAGGGCCACAAUAUCGGCCCUGUUCAUGUUCACAUGUAGAGGAAUUCUUGGAUAUGCCACACAGCUGCCACUACCAGAGGGAUUCUUGGGUUCCGGAGUGGAUUUCCCAGUUGGAAAUGUUUCAUUUUUCCUGUUUUAUUCAGGGCAUGUUGCUGCAUCGAUUAUUGCGUCUCUAGAUAUGAAACGAAUGCAAAGAUGGGAGUUGGCGUACACAUUUGAUGCCCUAAAUGUUUUACAGGUCAUAAGAUUGUUGAGUACUAGAGGCCACUACACGAUUGACUUGGCCGUUGGCAUUGGAGCCGGAAUACUAUUCGAUUCCCUUGCCGGGAAGUAUGAAGAUAGAAAGAAAAGAGAAGUUUGUAAUCACUGAUGACACUGCAUAUGUAGCCUUUGUGCGAAAAAGUCCUUAAAGGCCGAAAUGUAACGUUGAAUAGUUAUUGAACUUUUAGCAACAUUUUAUGGUUACUAAAUAGUAUUUAGACGUGUAGUCUUAAAAUUGUUUACAUCUCGCUUAAAAAGUUAUUUCAUAAAAAAGAAGAAAGAUUUAUCUAUAUUAUCUAA